UGUAAAGCGGUAGGGAGGGAGACGGUAUGGGACUUACUACGCACUACCUGGGCACUAACCAAAUCGAAAUGGCAUGAGCCGUCGUGGGGAGUAAUGAUAGCGGCAGCGGCUGCUCACUUCGAAACCGACAAUGGAGGCCGUCUCCGAAGCAGGGAACAUCUAUGGACGAUCCUCUGGACGGAAUCAACAUACCUCAUCUGGAAGUUGAGAUGUGAACGUGUCAUAGCAAAUGAGGGCAAGGAGUUCUCACAAGCGGAAGUCGUGAACCGUUGGUAUGCCACGUUGAAUUCAAGACUAACACUGAAUAGACAUGCCACAGCGGCGUACUUGGGUAAGAGAGCACUACGCCCGGACACGGUCCGUAGCACGUGGCUCCCCAUUCUGGACAAUGCGGUUGAUCUUCACCCGUCCUGGGUAGAAGUAAGCGGGGUUUUAGUGGGUAUUAAGCGGAUAAAUGUCGGAGAAGGUUGA